GGUGAAGACAUGCUCGGCAGGGCUUUCCAAACUCCGCCGACAGACAGCUUCUCCAGCUUUCCUCAAACCCUGGAGGUGUUUGAGCGGAAGCGAGUUUCUCCAACGCUGCCCUCUUGUUGCGGGCGAUCCUGUCUAGUUGUUCCGGGGAAAGAGGAGCAGGAGGACGGCUGAACGGCUCCGGCUCCACCGCCGAGGACUUCAGCUUCUUCUGCACAAUUUUAGUGAAUUGCGCAAAAUACAGCGCUGGUAAGAAGCGGGCAGCUGGAAGUGCAAGCGGCUUUAGAAACCGUUGACGGUGCAGCACAAACAUGCUCGUGUUGUGGUGGCUGUGACACCACUUUUAACAACAAUCACGAACACAGUGGUGCUUGUGAACGCAGCUUGGAUUACGCUGAACGUGUCGCGGGAAACUGCAAAUCCCCCAGCGUUUGAAAUGCUCUACAACUACACUAACCCAAAAAAAAUUCUGCAAUUAAGCGCCACAGCAGCAGGUUACUGCAAUGGAAAAGUUUGUGAUUCGUGGACAGAGUAAACACUCCUGCACCAAUGAUGCAAGAAGUCCACAGAAGAAGAUCAAACUAGAAAAUGAUGAGAGGAUGAAGCAGGAGGAGGAGGAGGAGGAGGAAGAAGAACAUGCCGCUUCAGCAGAAUUCUCUGAUCCUGUUCCUUGGCAAAAAAUAGAGGCGGAGGGCUUUGACUGUGAUUAUGCUCUGCUGUUCUCCAAAGAGGAAGCAGAUCGCCUGUUUAAACAGCUGGAGGAGGAGGUGGUGUACGCAACAGGAGAAGAAGCAAGAGUCCAGCUGUUUGGAAAGGUGCACAAUAUACCAAGAAAGCAGGCCACAUACGGAGAAGCAGGUCUAACCUACACCUAUUCUGGAGUGACACGUUUAGCCUGCCAGUGGACUCCAACCUUGGAAUAUAUCCGCGAUUCUGUCACAAAAGCAACUGGACAAACAUUUAACUUUGUCCUGGUCAACAGGUACAAAGAUGGGCAGGAUCACAUGGGUGAGCAUCGUGAUGAUGAGAAGGAGCUGGACCCCCUCUGUCCCAUCGCCUCGGUCUCUCUCGGAGCGGCACGAGACUUUAUCUUCCGGCACAGAGAUGCUCGGGGAAAACAGGUCCGCAGACAGAUUGAGCCCGUGAAGCUGGAGCUGGCUCAUGGAAGCCUGCUCCUCAUGAACUCGCCGACCAACACUUUCUGGUACCACAGCCUCCCUGUUCGCAAGAAGGUUUCCCAGCCUCGUAUCAACCUCACCUUCAGACGCAUCCUACUGGACAGAAAGAAAUGACCGAGUGGGGCCGGGGCCCCACUAACGUCUGACUAAGGGACUCUGGAGAAUGAGCACAUUUACAGUUUACAGUUAAAAUGAACCAAACUUCCAACUGAUGCAAGUUCAUACUACAGUUUAAGAUACUUUCAGCAGGAUAUGUUGUUGUUGUAUAGCAGCUCUUAAUGUUUCUGCAGGAAAGGAACAAUAAAAUCAACACUAAACAGUUCAGUCUCCCUGAAAAAUGACACUCAUUGAGUGCAGACGAUGGAGGCUGUAUUUAGCUUCCUUUGUUGCACUGUUCAUGUACUUCGACUGAGCAAACGAGCACUGUAUGCUAAAUUGCAAGUUCAGUCUUUUACAUGUUAUAGUUGGAGAGUUGUGUGCUGUUCCAAAGAAGAUGCACAAGUGUAUGAAAAAUUACCUUUUUUAUCAUGGUUGAUGGUUUUUGUGUUUCAUCAGACUUUGUUGUAUGUCUGCUGAUUUAUUCAUCCAUCCAAUGCUAAACGCGGCUGCUCUUUGAAGGAUUUCAAAAAGUCUUUGAGCAUCAAACUUAAUUCUUGACCACAGGGAAAAUAAAACUAAAGGCCAUCUUACAAGCUGUUUCAUCUCCACCUCAAGGUUUUUAUAAGCCAGCAAACUAUCUGCUUAAGGUCAUUUUUUCAGUCAUAGCCUUUGGCAGAGAAUUAUUUAGCCCUUUAAAUUAUGUGUUGUGUUUAUUGUUGUGAAAUAUGCACUGCUCAUCUCGCUAUAAUGAAAGUCUUUAGUUUGAAAUCCUUCAGUGAGGACCGCUGCUUGGUCAGUCUGCAGAAUUUGAGCAGCCACAUCUACAAGCUCGCAAUCUCUGCUGUCUCAAAGCUGGCAAAGAAUUAUGUUGCUCUUAAAA